AUGGAUAAAGAGCAGGGUACUGGACCGAGUAGCAAUUUCAAUGUCCAGCACGAAGACAACCCCUCGUUGAGUUCUUUGUCUCCGUCGGAGUCACCACCGCCCUCCGAAUCCAGCCAUCAUGGAGAACAAUCCACCACCGCCAGCGAACCGGUCGCUGAGAGUCAACGAAGGUUAUCUCUUGGGAGACGGCUGACAGACGAUGAUAUCGCGCGCGUACUAUCCAAGAGGCAGAGUACUAGGUCAAGCGCCGACCCUGGAGGCGCAGAUGACACAGCUCAAAUCGCGCGACUGGUGUCUCGCAUGUUUGGCCACGAGAGAAAGGCCAACUCAGAAGAGGAGAAGACAAGACAUCUCGGCGUAGUAUGGAAGAAUCUUACCGUCAAAGGUGUUGGGCUUGGGGCUGCCAUCCAGCCUACGAAUGCGGACAUCUUCCUCGCGGUACCUAGACUGAUCAAAAACUUCUUUACUCGACGCUUGAAGCAUUCUGGCUCAGGCUCUGCAUUACGUACCAUUAUCGAUGAUUUCACUGGUUGCGUGCGCCCGGGAGAGAUGCUACUCGUUCUGGGUCGUCCCGGGUCUGGGUGCUCCACAUUCUUGAAAGUGAUAGGGAACCAAAGGUCCGGCUACAAGAGUGUCGAAGGUGAUGUACGUUACGGAGGCACAGACUCCGACACAAUGGCUGAUAAAUAUCGCUCGGAGGUGCUAUACAACCCUGAGGAUGACCUCCAUUACGCCACGCUCACCGUUCGAGACACUUUAAUGUUCGCUCUCAAAAGCCGAACACCAGGUCAAGAGUCACGGCUCCCGGGAGAAAGCAGGAAGCAAUAUCAGGAAACUUUCCUGUCGACGAUUGCAAAACUGUUUUGGAUUGAGCACGCGCUUGGUACCAAAGUCGGAAAUGAACUUAUACGUGGAAUUUCCGGAGGAGAAAAGAAACGUGUAUCCAUUGGCGAAGCUUUGGUCACCAAGGCCAGCACCCAGUGCUGGGACAACUCCACAAAAGGUCUAGACGCCAGCACUGCUCUGGAGUAUGUUCAGAGUCUGAGGAGCUCAACGGACAUGUCCCAUGCAUCCACUCUUGUGGCGCUGUAUCAAGCAUCGGAGAAUCUUUACAACCUUUUUGACAAGGUCAUGUUAAUCGAGGACGGCAGAUGUGCUUAUUAUGGACGCACGGAGGAUGCGAAAGCCUACUUUGAGCGCCUCGGCUUCGAGUGUCCCCCUCGAUGGACAACGCCUGACUUCUUGACAUCGGUCAGCGACCCUUUCGCCCGGCGUGUGAAGGAAGGAUGGGAGGAUCGUAUUCCACGAUCUGGAGAGGAUUUCCAGAGAGCGUAUCGGCGGAGUGACAUCUUCAAAGCUGCUCAGAAAGACAUUGAAGGUUAUGAGCAGGAUGUCGAGGCCAACAUGGAAGAACAAGAGCUUGCCAGGGAAAAGCUCAAGAAGAAUUACACGGUAUCUUUUUACAAGCAAAUCGUCAUACUUACCCAACGACAAUUCCUCAUUAUGUAUGGUGAUAAGCAGACAUUGAUUGGGAAAUGGGCUAUGCUUACUUUCCAAGCACUAAUCAUUGGAAGUCUCUUUUAUGACCUCCCACAGACUAGUGCUGGUGUCUUCACAAGAGGAGGUGUUUUGUUCUUCGUCCUUCUAUUCAAUGCUCUACUCGCCAUGGCUGAACUGACGGCAUUUUUCUCGAGUCGACCCAUUAUGCUGAAGCACAAAACUUUUUCCUUCUACCGGCCUUCGGCAUUUGCUUUGGCCCAGGUUGCUGUUGACGUGCCCAUCAUUUUCAUCCAAGUCACUCUUUUCGAGUUGGUGGUAUAUUUCAUGUCGAACCUGCAAAGAACAGCAUCGCAGUUUUUUAUCAACUUCUUGUUCAUAUUUACGCUUACCAUGACGAUGUAUUCCUUGUUCCGGACUAUCGGCGCGCUGACCGGCUCUCUCGAUGUUUCUACACGCCUGACUGGUGUCGUGAUCCAGAUCUUGGUUGUAUAUACCGGCUAUCUCAUUCCUCCGUGGAAAAUGCAUCCAUGGUUCAAAUGGUUGAUUUGGGUAAACCCAGUCCAGUAUGCAUUCGAGGCAAUCAUGUCGAAUGAAUUUUACAAUCUCAACCUACAAUGCGUUCCACCAUCUAUCUUUCCAGAUGGCCCUACUGCACAGGCAAACCAUCAGGUAUGCGCCAUACAAGGGAGUACUCCAGACCAGCUGGUCGUUCAAGGAUCCAGUUACAUACAGGAAGCUUUCACAUACAGACGUUCUCACCUUUGGCGAAACCUUGGCAUCAUCAUUGGUUGGUUCAUACUUUUCGUCGUGUUGACGAUGAUUGGCAUGGAGCUACAGGAGCCAAACAAAGGCGGCAGCACAGUCACUAUCUUCAAAAGGGGCGAGGCACCCAAAGCUGUGGAGGAGGCGGUCAAAUACAAAGAGCUGCCGGGUGACGUUGAAUCAGGAAGCAGCAAUAGUCUGCAAGAAAAGAACUCGGACGAAUCGAAAGAUCAUGUGCAGGGUAUCGCCAAAAGUACUUCUAUCUUCACAUGGCAAGAUGUGACUUAUACGAUACCAUAUAAAGGGGGUCAAAAGAAACUUUUACAGCACGUGCAGGGAUAUGUAAAACCCGGUCGCCUGACAGCUCUGAUGGGUGCGUCCGGAGCAGGAAAAACAACUCUCUUGAAUACCCUAGCACAGCGUGUUAACUUCGGUGUUGUUACUGGUACAUUCCUUGUGGAUGGCAAACCACUUCCAAAGAGUUUCCAAAGAGCCACAGGCUUCGCUGAGCAGAUGGACAUUCAUGAGCCAACAGCCACUGUAAGGGAAUCAAUCCGGUUUUCGGCCCUUCUUCGUCAAUCAAAAGACGUAUCGAUACAAGAAAAGUACGAUUAUUGUGAGAAAAUCAUAGAUCUGCUAGAAAUGCGGCAGAUAGCAGGAGCUACAGUGGGAGCGGGUGGCUCCGGGUUGAAUGCAGAGCAACGCAAGCGAUUGACCAUCGCGGUUGAGUUGGCAAGCAAGCCGCAACUGUUACUCUUCCUUGAUGAGCCAACUUCAGGAUUGGACUCGUUGGCCGCAUUCAACAUUGUACGAUUUCUUCGACGACUCGCCGAUGCCGGCCAGGCUAUCCUAUGCACGAUACAUCAGCCGUCCGCCGUUCUGUUCGAAGAGUUCGACGAUUUGCUCUUGCUGCAAAGUGGGGGAAGGGUUGUCUACAAUGCUGGAUUGGGUUCGGAUUCCAAGACGCUCAUUGACUAUUUCGAAAAUAAUGGUGCCAGGAAGUGUGCUCCUGAUGAGAAUCCCGCCGAGUAUAUGCUGGACGCCAUUGGUGCUGGCAACCCAGAGUACAAAGGACAAGAUUGGGGCGAUGUUUGGGCGAAUUCGGAAGAACGCAGGCAACUCUCAGAAACGAUCGAGGGCAUCACUCGAGAGCGGCGGAACACAGGUGGGGGAGAAAGAACAGACGACGAUAGCGAGUUUGCGAUGCCUGUCUGGACACAGAUUCUGGCGACCACCACGCGCUCUUUCAUUGCCUAUUGGCGAACACCCCAAUACGUUAUGGGCAAAUUCAUCCUUCAUAUCUUCACCGGACUGUUCAAUACCUUCACCUUCUGGCACUUAGGAAACAGCUCCAUCGACAUGCAGUCCCGCCUGUUUUCAAUCUUCAUGACCCUCACCAUCUCCCCGCCUUUGAUCCAGCAGCUCCAGCCCCGUUUCCUCCAUUUCCGAAACCUCUACGAAUCCCGGGAAGCCAACUCCAAGAUCUACUCCUGGACAGCGUUCGUGACUAGCGCCAUUCUCCCCGAGUUACCCUAUUCAGUUGUCGCGGGAACGCUCUACUUCAACUGCUGGUACUGGGGCAUCUGGUUCCCCCGGGACUCGUUCCGCUCCGGCUAUGUGUGGAUGAUGCUCAUGCUUUUCGAGGCCUUCUACAUCGGCUUCGGCCAAUUCAUCGCGGCCUUCGCGCCCAACGAGCUCUUCGCCUCCCUUCUUGUUCCCACCUUCUUCACCUUCGUCGUCUCCUUCUGUGGCGUCGUCGUCCCCUACAGCGGCCUGAUCCACUUCUGGCGCUCCUGGAUGUACUGGCUCACGCCCUUCCACUACCUUCUCGAAGGCCUCUUGGGUGUUGUCACCCACGCCGUCCCCGUCCGCUGCGUCUCCCGCGAGGAAUCCCGGUUCAGUCCGCCUCCCGGCUCGACAUGUCAGGACUACGCGGGUGCGUACGCCAAUCAAGCCGGCGGGUACGUCCGCGACGCGGGCAACGGCCUCUGCGCAUUCUGCCAGUAUUCAGAUGGGGAUGUAUUCGCCGCGAGUUUCAAUGUCUACUACUCGCAUAAAUGGAGGGAUUAUGGGAUCUUCUGGGCCUUCGUCGUGUUCAACUUCAUGGCUGUGUUCUUCUUCUCGUGGUUAUAUUUGCAUGGUGUAGGGGACAUCCGGAAAUGGUUCAGUAAACGGAAGGCCAAGGCGAAGGGGACGAAGGACCAGUGA